AUGGCAAACUAUUACGAAGUGCUAGGGGUACAGUCGAGUGCCUCCCCGGAGGACAUCAAGAAGGCCUACCGAAAACUGGCCUUGCGUUGGCACCCUGACAAGAACCCUGAUAACAAGGAGGAAGCUGAGAAGAAGUUCAAGCAAGUGUCUGAGGCCUAUGAGGUCCUGUCUGACUCUAAAAAGCGCUCUGUAUAUGACCGGGCUGGCUGUGACAGCUGGGGGGCUGGUGGCGGGGCAAGCACCCCUUAUAACAGUCCUUUUGACACCGGUUACACCUUCCGGAAUCCCGAGGACAUCUUCCGUGAGUUUUUCGGGGGCCUGGACCCUUUCUCCUUUGACUUCUGGGUCACCCCCUUCAACAGUGACCGUGCUGGCCAGGGCCACGGCCUGAGGGGUGCCUUCUCAGCUGGUUUUGGUGAGUUCCCAGCCUUUAUGGAGGCUUUCUCUACUCUCGACACAAUGGGUCGCAGUGCUAGCCGCACCACCUUCUCAUCCACCUCCUUUGGGGGCUCUGGCUCUGGCAGCUUGGGGUUCAAGUCAGUGAUGUCAUCCACCGAGAUGGUUAACGGACACAGGGUCACCACCAAGCACAUCGUGGAGAAUGGGCAGGAGCGUGUGGAAGUGGAAGAGGAUGGGCAGCUCAAGUCGUUGACCAUUAAUGGCAAGGAACAGCUCAAACGAGUGGACAACAAGUAA